UUUAGUCAAGUCCUUUGCCUUCGUUACGAAAGUAACCUAAAAUGUAUUCAUUUUAUAUUCAAAGAACAUAAUCGUGUUGUUGUGCAUUACACUAGACCUGAUUCUUUUGGAAUAAAUAAUAGUAUUUAAUAACUGUCAAAAUGUUGAGCUAGGCGGAUAAAUUUGAUUAUGUCAUAUUUAAAGGUGAUACACUGUACCUUGUGCCUGAAACAUGGAUACGUGGGAGUUUACUCGAAACCAGUUUUAUUUAAAAUUACUAAUAACACACUCUUCCAGCAUCUUGCCAGAAUAUCAACAGCACAAAACUGGAGAAGUAAAGUGCCACUUAAAACUCAGACAACUGCAACGGUAAAGAAUAAAGUCACCCAAGACACCAGAGUAUGGAAGGAAACACCAUCAUAUGACAGGAAGAGCAAUACGGGACAGUAUUGUUUGAUGCUAUCUAAAUCACGGUUAACAUCAUUAGUUGUGUUGACGUCUAUGGCAGGAUACGCACUAGCACCUGCCCCGUUUCAACUUACUACCUUUGCAUUCUGCGCUGUGGGUACUGGUCUAGUAUCAGCUGCAGCAAACUCUAUUAAUCAGUAUCAUGAAGUACCAUUUGAUGCCCAAAUGUCGAGGACAAAGAACAGGGUGCUUGUCAAAGGUCUAUUAGAGCCCGUCCAUGCAAUAGGUUUUGCAGCAUUGACAAGCAGCGUAGGCCUUGGCGUUUUGUAUUUUGGGGUCAACCCCUUGACAGCUGCACUAGGAGCAGGAAACCUCAUCCUCUACACCUCAGUGUACACUCCAAUGAAAAGAAUGUCCAUACUUAACACCUGGCUUGGCUCUGUAGUUGGAGCCAUACCCCCCUUGAUGGGAUGGGCGGGCUGUACCGGGGGACUGGACGCUGGCGCGCUGGUGCUGGGCGCCUUGCUCUACUCGUGGCAGUUUCCACACUUCAACGCGCUCUCUUGGAAUUUGCGACCAGACUACUCGCGAGCCGGGUAUCGGAUGAUGGCCGUCACUAAUCCCGCACUAUGCCGAAGGGUUGCGCUUAGACACACAGGAAUAAUCACAGCAACAUGCCUGGUAUCACCUUAUAUAGGCGUGACAAACACGUGGUUCGCACUUGAAUCAUUACCAUUGAAUAUUUAUUUUAUGUAUUUAGCAUGGCAAUUCUACCAAAAAUCAGACAGUGCAAGUUCGCGGAAGCUAUUCAGAUUUUCUCUAGUUCACCUACCAGCAUUAAUGUUGCUAAUGCUAGUAAAUAAGAAGUACUGGAGUUCGAGUGACACUCAAGAGCAGACCGACACCAAAAUCCAGGACGUAGGCAUAUUAGACAAGAGAAUUACAGUACUACCUCGAGGACCGGUCGUUGUGGCCCAAGGAAACGACAAACAGUGCUAAUUAUUUUACGUUAUAUGUAGGUAGAUUUUAUUUGCUGUACAUAAUGUACAAAUGUGAUCAAUGUAGAAGAUUGUAAGUUAUCUAUUACGAGAUUUGAAUUGUAACCUCAAAACAAGGUUUCGGAAUUUCAUUUAAAUAACAC